AUGUCCUCCUCUGCCGCCCCGGACGACAGGGGCGCGUCACGUCCUCGCUCCGGCAUCCUCACGCCGAGCUCAGACGGAAGCCUCAACCAUGCCGGCGACAAAGCUGCCGUAUCCACCGUCUCCUCGCCCGCGGAUCGGUGCAGGCGACGUUCCGAUCCGGCCAUGGAGAGACUGCUCAGACCGUCUAUAGCCGUCAAGCCGCACCCGCACGCCCUUUCUGUGCAGCCCAAAACGCUAUCGCCUCUGUUUGUGCUGCGGCGGCAGGACCUGCCGCUGAGCUGCAUCGACUUUGGCUCCACGACGGCCGAGAGCGCCUACACCCGCCUCGUCGAAUCCCGCAUCAAGAUUCUCGACCUCGAGACCCGCAUAGGCGCCGCGCGGAGCGUGCUGGUGGCCCGGCACGAAGCUACGCGUGCUGUCUACGCCGUCGAGCGGUACGCCGACGGCCUGUAUGCCAUGUGCAGACUCGGCGCCUGGGUCAGCGUCGAGCGGCUCGCGCGGGACGCGGCGACUGCCGUGUGCGCGGAGCGUGUGUUUCCCGUCAAGGCCGAGACGUCGUCGUCGCCGUCAAUCGCCGCCGCCGCCGCCAUGACGACGACGACAACAACGACGACACUGCGCAUGGACAGUCCGCAGAGGAAGAAGCGCGCCGCGAUUGAGGCGAUUCAAUCGCUGGUCCGCAAGAAGCCCAAGGCGGAGGCGAGGACGUCAAGCGACGGGGUCACGGCGCCAGAGGUGCCGCCACGGUCAUCGGAUCAGAUGCUUGCGCACGUGAAGCAGAGUGUGGAGGAAUCGCCAAUGCCGGAAAUCAUGAUUCGGCAUGUCAAGAAGGGAGAAGAGGAGUUGCCGAUGCCCGAGAUUAUGAUUCCGCACAUUAAGUCGGCACGAGACGAGAAAACGCCCGAGAUCAUGAUUCGGUAUGUCAAGGGAGAAGAUGAGGUGCCGAUGCCCGAGAUCAUGAUUCCGCACAUCAAGACGAGACCAGACGAGAAAACGCCCGAGAUCAUGAUUCCUCACGUCAAGGCUUCGCCCGACGAAACCCAGAUAGUGCAAAGCAGCAAAGCCAAGGCUCAUUUCCCCGUCAGAGAGACUCAAGGAGAAAGCUCGGCGAUGGGCGCGGUAUCAGCGCUCCCCUCGAGCCAAAUUCAUAUCCGAGCGAUCGACGAUGACACUCAAGACAUGGCUACCAACAUAUUUGAAAAUAUGCGAGCUCAUUAUUUCGAAGCAUUAUACAAGUCUAUGGGAUCCCUUGCAUAUUUUGCCAAAGGUCCUCUAUCACGAGCUAGAUCAGCCUUCCACCUUGAUCUCGAGGCGACUCUCGACAUGGCCGACCUCAUCGAAUUCCUCAAGAGCCUGGUUCUCACCACUGUACAAGUCGACAAGAAAUACCGUGAAACUGCGCCAGACAUCAUCUCUCAAAUAGCCGCCCCCGUGGAUAGCUCCGACGAGGCUCGCUCCAAGAAACGCAAGCCCAAAAAGAUGAAAAUAGGCAAGAAUGGUCUCUAUCCUGAUGAAGAUGACCGUAUUCGAAAGUGGUGGAAUGCCAACAAGCCCGAGCUCGACGAGGAGCAGCCCACAUAUACUGCCAUGCAAAUCAAGUCCCAUCUGUCACUGCUUCGCACCCGUGAGACGCAGCUGCAAAUGAUUCUGAUCUUGGAGAUCCUGGCCCUUGAGCCGCUCAAAGCUGCAGACGAUGCAGCGGACAGUAGCCUUCCUCUACUGCCUGGCGCCUCCGCCUCGCAAGCUCAUCGCUCACCUGCGGUUGCCCCAGCAAAGAAAAGAAACAAGCAUAACUUGCCGGUUCUCAUCGAUGUUCACGCCGACCGUUUGACGAUCUGGCAGUCGACUGCCACAGACGAGCAGCAAUUGGCAGAGGAGUCACAGGUUAACAGACACAGUCUCAGUGGCAGCCUAGUGCAAAUAUCAUCCUCGGAGCCACUGAAAGAUUUUUGUACCGAUGUUAUUGUACCAUUCUUCUCGGCACGUAUUCCCGAAAUGUGCGACGCAAUCAGUAGGAAGCUUGGCGGCCCUGUGAUUGUGCCUGCAAGUGGCAGCAAAACCCAGAAGCGCUCCGCACCCAAAAAAGAACAGAAACCUGGCUCUGCGACCAAGAGACCCGCCGCUGUCCAGCGGCCAAGGACACUCCAGCGCGCGUUAUCAACAGAUCAGCAGAGCCGCAGGAGCGUGUCUCGCGGACCGAGCAACGUGAUUGCUCUCCUGCGAUCUGCCACCUCGACCUCGCUACCUUCGAUGAAGCGCGAGGGAAGCGAGACUGCCAAUCUCGGGCGCCUGUCCAAGAUGGAAGGCGACAGUCAGAGAAGACCGGCGCUCUCGCGCAGCAACAGCAGCGGCGUGGCGGGCCACGACACAUCCAAGGCGAGUAGACAAGCUUUGGUUGACGCCCAGGUCAAAGAUGCUAUUGCUGCGUUGCGUAAACCGAAUAGACAAGUUGUUGGCCAAGCUAUGCAAGAGGCCGACCAGCAAAGAGUCCUCGCGGCGAAGAAAACCCGCAGAAUGCAGCGAAGUACUAUCGUCAAGGCAACGCCCGCCAACAACAGAUUCAGGGACGUUUAUGCGUAUAGCCAGGGCCAACCUGGUUUGCCUAUGCAACACAUUGAGGAGGCCGUUGCGCCUUCAAGUGUAGAAGCUUUUAUCCCAUCGACCGGCCAUCGGACUGGCUUCCGGAACCCCAUGGACCUCAACACAUCCCCAACGAUUGACACGGUGGGCAGCACCCCGUCGAAACGAGCAACGAAGUCAACGUUUCUGCAUCGCUCCAACGACGAGCUUUGCCUUCCGCCCUCGCCUUUGGUGCGGACCAGCAACAACCCAACGCCUCGCCCUCUCUCUUCCAGUCUGAGCACGAAUAAACAGCCGCAACUAGCCAAGGCUGACGAGGGAGCUGCGAAGCAGUAUGAGACAAGGGACCACGUCUUUGCGACGCCUGCCAAAAAGGAGAAGCACCAGCAAGUGCUCAGCGGCAGCCCUGUCGGGCAGCUGCGAUUGCAGGGCCAGAGUGAGCCGAAAAAAUCCAUCUACGCGACGCUUGGCUGGGACGACGACUAUGACAUUUAG